AUGGCGGUGCCGGGCGCCGCAGCCCGCCGCCUCCUCGCGCUCGCGCCCGCCCGCAGCAGCCGCGCCUUCUGGUCGGCCUCGUGGGCCGGCGCCGACCCGGCUGCCCCUUCCGCCUCGUCGACGUCCCCCGACAGCAACAGCAGCAGGAAGAAGAAGGCGCCGUCCGGGUCCGGGCACCACCGCCUCGCCACCGUCAUGGACGCCGUCAACGAGCGCAAGCUCCCUCCCGAGCUCCGCGGGCGCGGCAACGCAGUAAGGUCAGAAACUGACAUUGUAAAUGUCGUUGAACAAAGAAUAUGGCAUUCAAUGGAGGAAGGGCACUUUGAAAAUCUACCAGGGAAGGGCAAACCCCUAAACCUCGCUUCAAAUCCUCAUGCAGAUCCUGCCGAGGACACCCUUUACAGGAUACUUUCAAGGAAUGGUUGUGCACCUGAAUGGGUUGAGCUGAAUAAGGAAAUCCGUGGUAUGAUCAUGGGCUGGAGGUCGGCAUUAAGGAAGGCAUGGGCAAACCGCUCUGAAGAUGAUGAUUCUAACUGGAAUGAUGACUGCAGGGUUCUCCGGGAGCAAAUUCGCCAGAUAAAUGAUAAGGUUUUCCGGUACAACCUGAUAGUACCCUUUGGGCGGCAGAUGUUUGGUCUGAACUGGGACAAGGAGGUGGACAAGUUGAAGUAA